GGGCCUACAGCAGAGGACAUGAGCUCUGCUCUCAUAUAUGUCUCCUCACCACUAUUCAGCUUCCUUGCAGUCACCAUUUUUUGUAUGCUUUUGGAACGUCCCUCUCCAGUUCACUGAACAGCCUGACUCGGCCUAAAGAACCCAGGACAUCUCAUCCAUGGCCACCAAUCCUUGCUCCCCGACUGGAGGCAGCGUGAGCCCCGAGAGGUGUCUGAGAGAGAUCCAGGUCAACUUGCUGGAGUGUAAAGUCUGCUUCGAGAGGUUCGACUCGCAGCAGAGGCAGCGCAGGCCACAGAACCUUUCCUGUGGCCAUGUACUUUGUCUGGAAUGCAUCGCGGCGCUGUCCCACCCUCUUCUGAGGAAGCUGGAGUGCCCGUUCUGUCGACAGCUGUGCAGUGUUGACAGCACCUCCCACUGCCAGGUUCUCAGUGACCUGCAGGAGCUGCUGUUCCCCUGGAUCCCCACAUCCUCUGCUCCUCCUCGGAGGCCGAGAGGCAGCGGCAGCUCGGCCACGGGUCUGACAUCCGCAGCUCCGCGUCUCUGCCAAGCUUUUGGCGGAUGGGGGACUCUCAUCAACCCCACUGGGAUGGCCGUUUCGGGCUCGGGGACUAUAGUUGUGGUGCACGAUGGAGAAAAGAGGGUGGUGGUUUUCAGUGCGCAGGGCAAGAAGCUGCACAGUUUCGGGCAGAGAGAACAAGCCAGUGGGGGAAUCUGUUUCCCGGUGGAUGUGGCUGUAAGUCCCUGUGGCCACGUGGUGGUGACUGAUGCAGGAGAUAAAGCGGUGAAGGUUUUCACCUCCAGAGGUACCCAUGUGCUGACGGUCAAGGACUCCUUCCAGAUGCCCUGGGGUGUGGACACAGACGGCUGUGGGCACAUCCUGGUCUCAGACGUCCAGGCCGGCACAGUGUCCCAGGUUAAAGUGAACUACUCCCACGGUGUCAUUCUGGAGCAUCGUGCGGCCAUUUCCGACCUCCAGCGUCCAAAAGCCGUCGCCUGCUGCCGCGGGACCGGGAACACGGCGGUGAUCGAGCUUUUAACAAGCCACCGGCGCCAGCACUCGCGACUGAGGGUGUUUACAAAUGACUUCCACAUUCUCUACCAGACAGACAGUUUCAGCCUGAACCUGCAGUCCAGGGUGAGGCUCAACGUGUCCGCUGUUGUGUUCGACAGAGACGGAGGUUUGAUCGUAAUAGACUCCGAUCAUGGAAUGAUCUGGAGUUUGGGAAAGCUCCAAAAAGGAAGCAUAGCUCCUCUAGUGGGAGACCACCUGACCCGCCCAGUUGGGCUGGUGCCACUUAACAACAGCCUGGUCAUUCUGGACGGUGGGGACCAUACGGUGAAGGUUUACUCUGCUUAACUGAGAUUAGAGCCAUGAAUUAAUAUUAACAGGCUUAGAUUAUAACGUUUGGGGAUAACAAUACUUUUAUUAAAUAUGUAUAAAUAAAAAAAAACCUGUGCACUGAAAAGUGUAAUACAAUGAAAUGUACUUUGAUUUUACAUAAAUUCGCUUCAGUUGCCAGUAAUGAGCGAUUAAUUGAAGUGUAACAUGUAAAUGCGAGAAAAGAUAUAAUUGAUCAUAAGCUUGAAAAAUAAAUAUAACUAGAUUUUAUUUAUUCAAUAAAGUAAGUUUAUUUCGAA